AUGAGAACCGAACGUCUUUCCGAGUCGCAACGUGACACUCAACGCGCACAAGUAGCUGAAGUAGUGCACGCAGAGACUUGCACCUGUGCCAUCCUCGAGCUGCCAUCGCUGACGCAGGAAGUACUUCAAUCGAUCAGCUUUCGCAAGCAAGUGCGUAGAGAGGCAGUGUGCCCUCGAGACAAAUUUGUCAAAAUCGAGGUGCACGAGGCAUUCGACUACCAAUUUUCCGAGUGGCUAUGCGUCAACUGCGCAACCACAUUUUGGAGUGCAAAAGAGAUAGUCAAGCACAUCUACGGCGGUGCAGCUCACAAUCCCAAAGGGUGUAACUGGGAGAAUGUGGGGGUCAGGGAGGUGGAGCACAGUCUCAACAAGCGCAAAAAAGCAUUUCAAUCCGCUGCCAACUUGACCCAAUUUCAAAAGCCGAGCGCAAAAAAUGCCAUGAAGAACUUCUUUGACGAGAUGGAGGGUUCGAACAUUUCGGCUCGCACUCACAGUGAAUCUGGCGUCAAGCGACCCUCGCGGCGGCCAUACGCGCAGCCAAGCUUUGUCCAUCGUCCCACCGCAAGGCUUUGCUUGGAGGUGGCAAAGCUGAAAUUUUCGAGGUGUACGAAUGCCUACAAGACACGCCUGCAUCUGUCAUCUUUCAAUCGAACAAGCGCUGUUCAUAAACCACUCCUGGCCAUCAACCACGCUCAACGUGCUUCGGUCAAUCCCUUCUACCUCUGCCCUUGCCUUCUACCCUCCCUGUUCAUCGGCAACAUGAUCAAACUACUCACCUGCAUGUCCCUCGUGAGCGUCUUGAUGACGAGCACCUCUGCUUGGGUCCAGCCUGGCUACGGGCUUUGGAAGCUCACAAGCAGCCUCACGCUCGACGAGACGGAAGCGCACGAUUACUGGGUGCAGGGCUGCACGGAAAAGUGGGGCAAGAAUGCCAGAGCUGAUUUUGCCUGGAUCGAAACGUCCAGGUACUAUGCCUUGUACUGUCAUCAAGCCGGAGACUAUGCCGGAUCGGACAAGACUUCGGAAACCAUCGACUAUGUCAACUUCAACGUACUUCCCAAAGACAAGGCCGAUUGGCGAGUUGAGGGGAUCCCGAUUUGA